UCCAAGAUGUGGGUCGGGCGCUUUCGGUGCGGGUGAUCCAAGACCCCACUAGGAACUUUUUCACCAAACCGAAGGAAGAGAUGAGGCAAGGUCUGUGCUGGGCAGAUCCUUUGGAGUGAGGCUACUGUGUACAGGUGUGAAAGUGAGCCAUUCCCUUCUCUUUGGCAGGUAUUGCCUCUAUUCAUCACUCCACUACAGCUAAACAGUAACCAAAGACCAUGUGACCACUGCCCAGAGGGACCUGAAAGGCUGGUGAUGCUGGUGAAUUAAAGGAAUACAACGUCUCUAGAUGGUGAAAUGGGGAUUGAGGAAGUAUUGAUUUCAAAACAUCAUUCCCCAAAAAUCUGAAUCUCAUACUUUCAAGAGAAUUCUGCAGAGGUGUUGCCAAGGAAGUCGAUGUUUAGAAAGCUCCUCUGAAGGGAAAAGGAAGACUCAAGGGGCCACUGGGAUGCUUCAAGCAAGAGAAAAUGAGGAGAAAGACAAGAAGCUUCAAACAGAAGACAGUUAAGGAUAAUAAAACAUUCACAGAAGUGAGUGACCAAGAAUCUGAAAAAGAUGACCCUACAAUAAAUGAGAGAAGUCAGGCUGAAAAGAGACAAUAUGUGUGUACUGAGUGUGGGAAAGCCUUUAGUCAGAGUGCAAACCUCACAGUACAUGAACGAAUCCACACAGGAGAGAAACCCUAUAAGUGUAAGGAGUGUGGAAAAGCCUUCAGUCAUAGCUCCAACUUGGUUGUUCAUCGGAGAAUCCACACUGGACUGAAGCCCUACACGUGCAGCGAAUGUGGGAAAUCUUUCAGCGGUAAGUCACACCUCAUUCGGCACCAGGGAAUCCACAGUGGGGAGAAAACUUAUGAAUGUAAGGAGUGUGGGAAAGCCUUUAGUCGGAGUUCUGGUCUGAUUUCACAUCACAGAGUUCACACUGGCGAGAAGCCCUACACUUGUAUUGAGUGCGGGAAAGCCUUUAGCCGUAGUUCAAACCUUACUCAACAUCAGAGAAUGCACAAAGGAAAAACAGUUUACAAAUGUAAGGAGUGUGGGAAAACAUGUGUUUCUAAUACAAAGAUUAUGGACCAUCAGAGAAUUCACACUGGGGAGAAGCCUUAUGAAUGUGAUGAGUGUGGGAAAGCUUUCAUCUUAAAGAAGACCCUUAAUGAACAUCAGCGACUUCAUCGUAGAGAGAAACCUUACAAAUGUAAUGAGUGUGGGAAAGCUUUUACUUCUAAUCGAAAUCUUAUUGAUCAUCAGAGAGUGCACACUGGAGAGAAACCCUAUAAAUGCAAUGAGUGUGGAAAAACCUUCAGGCAGACUUCUCAAGUUAUUCUACAUUUAAGAACCCACACAAAGGAGAAACCCUAUAAAUGUAGUGAGUGUGGGAAAGCCUAUCGUUAUAGCUCACAGCUUAUUCAACACCAGAGAAAACAUAAUGAGGAGAAAGAAACGUCAUAAAUGACAUAUAUUGUUGGAAGUGGGGCUAAUUGCUACUUUCUGGAAAAGUAAUUUUUCAGUAUCAUCAACCUUAAUUCUCUAAGAAUUCAUACAGGGAAAGUAAUCAGAAGUAGACAAAGAUUAACAGAAGGGCUAUUCAUGCCAGCAUCAUAUAUAACCGGAGGAAGAAAACUAGAUUUUCAACCAUACAGGGUUUAAGUGAAUGAUGGUCUAGCCAUAUGAUGGUUUUGCACCCAUUGUAAACAUUUUUAAAGAAUAUUUAAUGCCAUGGGGGAAAUGAUUUAGAUGAAAUGGAAGAUAAAGAGAAAAACAAUGAAAUACGAUCCAAAUUUUUAAAAAACAUUUAUGCAAAGGAAAGAAAUGGGAAUGAAAUAAUACCAAAGCAAAAUGUUAACAGUGAUUAUCUCUGGGUAAUAGGAUUAUAGGUAAUUUCUAUUUUCUUCUCUGUACUUUUCUAUGCUUUUUAGAUUUUCUACAGUGAGAAUGUACUACUUUUAUAUUUUUCUACAGUGAGAAUGUACUACUUUUGUAUUUUUUAAAUACAAUGAGUACAUGUUCAUUUUCACUCAACAGGGUUAUGAAAGGCGCAUAGAACAUAGACUCUAAAGUCCUGGGAUUGCACCCUAAUACUGGCACUUAGUAGCAGGGGAACCCUGAGCACGUCACUUCCUUUAGAGCCUGUUUCCUGUGUAUUACAUCAUAAAUACCAGUUGGCUUUUGCAGUUUUGAGAUAAAUUGACUUUACAGUUGUCAACAGAAUAUAUAAUCCACUUUCUUAAUCACUGUUAGGUUAAAAGAAAACAGCAAAGCUUUACUACAUUCUCCUCUCCCACAGUUGUAGAAGGAUCCACAGAUAAUAAAGAACCACCUAGGCUCCACCUUUUCAAUAUAUGUCUACAGAAAAAAAUGCCCCCUUAUGAAAUUGGAACAAUUGCAGUUUCAAAGCCUUUAAAGAGACACAGCAUAAUUCAAACAAGGAGAAGACUCUGCCUUCACGUGUUACAUGGAGUUUCGUAGCUGAAAGUGCAGACUUUUGGGUCAGAGACAUAUGAGUUCUAAUUCCAGAUCUGCUGUGCCCUAGCUUGUCAGUUUUGGACAAGUCCCUCAGAUGCUCUGAGCCACAGAUUUAUCUGUAAAAUGGGAAUAAUGACCUACCUCACAGGGUUGUUGUGAGGAUUAAAUGAGAUAAUGCAUGUAAAUGUGUGACAAGCCUUUCUUUUUGUCUAGCCCUCUGAGAAGGCCUUAAUCUGUUUACAACCAAUAUUUUAAACUUUUAAGACAGCUCAUAAUCCGUCUGGGAACCCUUAGAAUCUCCCCAUUCUUAACGCAGCCAUUCCUCUUUCUUUGUAUACAGUGAAUGCCCAAGCCUAACACCAUUUGUCUUAUGCACGUAGUGAUUUAUUGUUUCAGGGAUUACUAAGGAUUUGAUAUUCCAUCCAAUCCUCAUAACAUUGGUACAAGAAAAUUGAGUCUCAGUGAGGUUAGGUGACUGGCUAGUAAGUGGUUGGAGCCAGAAUGUGAACUCAGAUCUGACUUUCAAGUCCAUGCUUUCUUUAUUAUACCAAAGUGCCUCUGUCCAUCAUGAUGGUUCUAUGCGAGGGGGAGACCAGUUGGGAUCCUCCUGAGUAACCACUUCUGUGAAAGGUGGUUGAUUAUAUCUGGACAGUUAUUUGAUCAUGGUUUCAUAAGGAAGAUGCUGUCAGUCUUCUUUAAGUUAGAUUUAUGGCCUGUCUCUGCACCUUGUAAUUUAGUUUUAAGGAUUAUAUACUUCUUCCUUGCUGUUACUAGAAAGAAGUGGAAGGUGUGAAGGGUAUAUUUGGGUGAAAAGGGAUUGUUUGGUUUCAUCCUAUUUUGAUAGGAUAAUGGCUUACAUAUUAUUUUGUGAUGCAAUAGUCCCUCUUUGCAUAGUUAUUCAAAGCAAGGUUUGGAGGCUCUAGAACAGAUCUGCUGCAUUCAAGGGGUAGGACUCUUGUAUCAUUGGUCACCCUUGGGUAGGCACUUCCCCAAGAGUCUGGGUGGACACGAGAGUAGGGUCACCCACAUGUGGCAGUGGCUAAACAGAACUGCAGCAGUAAGGGCACUUCCAUCAUUUUUCCCUUGUCAUGUGUCCUUUUAAAAUUCUACAAGGGGUUUGUAAUCAAUAUUCAUGCCUUUUGUCAUGGCAGCCAUCCACACCUCCUCAUUACCUAUGUGGAAACUCCCAGGACUAAUGUGUCCUGGCCCUGCCAAAACUGCUUUAAGAAAAUAGGCAAACAGCUUCCUGUGUGCCUGUCAAGUGGUACUUUUUAAGCAUUUAUUAUUGCUGAGCAGAGUUGUUGAUGCUUCCUAUGUUGCUGAGCAAGUGUUGUUCUCUGACCAAAACAUUUUCCUACCACUGUGUCAUAGCAUCUGAAAUUUUUUCUUCAAAUAGGCUUUCUUUUUCAUCUUAA